GCUGAAAAUGCCAAUGUAGCCUAAAAGUCCAUAACCUGUAUUUUUGCCAUAAUUUCAGCACCUAUAGGCCUACUGGUUCCUAUCGGUCAAAACCAAAAUUAUAACUCAGACGGGCUGGUUGGAACCUUUUACAGUCUAUGGUUGGAACAGGGGCAGGUUAGAACAUAUUCAGGCUACUAGGGGGAGCUGCAACAAAAUUCCAACACUAAACUGACGGCCUUCUUGAGUAGAGUAAAGUCACGAUGUAACAGGUCUCCAGGUCAUUAAUCCUUUAGCAUGGCUGUCCUCAGGUGCAGCAGCGGAGUUUGAGUGACAUCGGAGAAUCCAGACUGUGUGGAUGGACUCACCCAGUCAGUCGCCCCCUAGUGGGGCUUCAGGAGAGGUCAACAUCUUAGCUGUGGCUGGAAGUCAUGUCUCAGCUCCAACUCAGUCACACAACACAGUCCAGGGCAACAUCAGCAACACCUCACAUCACCAUCUUCAUCAUCAUCACCAUCAUCACGGCACCCGGGAUUCAGCUAUAGCCAAACCCAUACAGGAAGUAGCAGACCUGAUCCAAAUGACCUCUGAUUAUAAGAAGUGGAUCUGCUCACAGUAUGAGAGAGUGCAAGAGUACAACUCACUCCCAUGUGAAGAUGUGGCAUUGACUGACCGCUACACUGACCUGCUGAUAGUCCAGAAACACGGUGAGGAGGAACAGAAAAAAAGGGAGAUCUCUUUCAGAGGGGAAAGUUUCUUCAGUGCCAGAGAGACAUACCAAAGCUCCACCGUGGACCAGUUAUUCAGGCCUGAUGGCCGAGAUGUUCCUAAAGCAGUCAUUCUUCAGGGCCACUCUGGACAUGGCAAAUCCUUUACGUUACAGAAGAUCAUGUUGGACUGGGCAUCAGGCAACCUCUACCAGGAUCGAUUUGAACUUAUUUUACAUUUGAGAUGUAAAGAGCUGAACCAUGUUACUGUACAAAGAUGUGUGAUAGAUUUUGUGAGCUGCAGUCAGACAUUUACCCCACUGAUCUCACAGAAGCUAAAGGACUCACCACAGAAGGUACUCGUCCUCAUAGAUGGAUUUGAUGAACUGCAAUUCACAAUGAGUGAAAUCAAUAACUCAUCUGUGACAGACCAUUUCACACCAGCUCCUGUUAAGGGCAUUCUGAGUGCUCUGUUGAAGGGGUUAAUCCUUUCUAAUUGCUUCCUGCUGGUCACCACCAGGCCCACUGCUGCAGACACGCUGAGCAAAUUGCUCAAACGCCCUCAGCGUUACACUGAGACUCUGGGUUUCUCUGAGAGGGGGGUGCAGAAGUACUUUGAGAAGUUCUGUCAAGAUAAGCAGGUAGCAGAGAAGGCAUUGAGCAGAGUAAAGGCAAACGAAACACUCUUCACUUCCUGCUCCAUUCCAGUCCCAGAUCUAGCAAGUGUUCCCUUCCUGUGCAAAUUCCUCCUGAAGAAGAAUGUCCGAAAGAAAGAAAUGUUCAGUUUCAUGCAUCUGAGUUUCCAGGAGUUCUUCACUGCACUCUACUACACCUUUGACCAGAAUGAGGAGAAAGUCGAAGAGCUGCUCAAAUCUUUCCAAGGGGGUGAAAUGAAAUCGCAUCUCCUACCUGUCAUUCAGUUUCUGUUUGGCCUCUCAAAUAGAGAAGUCAUGCAGGACUUAGAGCAUCUCAAACUGCCUUCCCCAUCCUCCAUUCGAAGGCAGCUAGAAGAGUGGAUGCUUGGACUCAUCAAAAGGAAUUCGGACUCUAAGAAGGCUGGCAUGACCCUCUUCAUACUCCACUGUCUCUAUGAGCUCCAUGAGGGAAAGCCAUGCGAGGACAACCAUGAGGAAACUCCAUUUGUGCGCAGAGCCAUGGAGGCUUGGGGUGUGAUGAAUUUUUACUCCAUUCCCCUGACGAGGACAGACUGCUGGGUGCUGCUCUACUGCCUGCAGUGCUGCCCAACCAUCAGAAGCCUGAAUCUCGAAAAGUGCAACAUAACAGCAGACAAGCUGAGGAUGCUGCAGCCUGCACUGAGCAGGUGUGAGGAACUGGGGUUGGCUGUGCAGGACCUAUCUGAUGAGGAUGUAGAUGUUCUGAUCUCGGCGCUCGGGAAGGACAAGCUCUUGCACCAACUGUAUGUAGACCACAGCAGUCUGUCAGAGGAGAGUGUGCAGCAGCUCCUGAGCGCCCUCUCAAGGCAGAAGUGUGUCGGUGCAGUUAUGCUGUCCGUGAGGACCAUCUCCUUCUCCACUGCUGAGAGGCUCCUGCAGUUCAGCAGGACACAGAUGAAGAGCCAUGUGGUGGUGGUAUGCCUAUCUGAGGAGACGGGACCAGAUGGACAGAGUCUGUGCUCAGGUGUUAUACUGGGUCGAGAUCAGGACAAUUCUGUCUUAGGGAUCGCCCACUAUGGAGAUUCUUCCCCUGAAUCAGAAACCUCAGGACUGCAGCUGGCGCUUCAUCUCUCCUCAGAGCUCUCCAGCACCAAGCUGAGGGAGACCCUCCACAUGUUUCACCAGCUGACACAUUCAGCAGAGAACAGUCCAGAGUAUGACGAGUGUGUGGAUGCUCUAAUGGCGCAUCUGUCCUCUCUGCCUGAUCUGAUGAAGGUGACUCUGUUGACGGGCUGCCUGACUGAGAUCUGGGCCAAUAGGAUCCUCACCCUCAUCCACACCUGCCCCCAGUUAAGGGAAGUCCAGUUUGGUGCCUCCAUCUGUGACUCGAGCAGGGGUGAGGAGGAGAGGGGCCUGCUUCUCGAGGAGGGAAUCUGCUUACUACAGGAGGCCCAGAGGCGUCCAGACUGCACCAUCUCUCUGAUCGGGAAACGUUGCUGUCUGCCCGUGGACCCAUGCACUAGACUACAGGACCGGAAGCUCCGCUGUAAUAUUCUGGUGGAAAUGGAUGAGAAGAAAUGUGCUUUAAAGGAAUCUGUGAAGCCAACUGACUACAUACUCUCAGCAGAGGAGCUGCGCAAGCUGCUGCCUAAACUGUCCUGUUGUAAGCAGAUAAAGUUGAAAGCAGUAGCAGACCUGUCAGAUGCUGAUGUUGGUGAUUUAGUGUCUGCCCUGGGGGAAGGGGACACCCUGCACACACUGCAGCUGUUCGGCAGCGGUCUGUCUGAUGAGGGUCUGCAGCAGCUGCUGAGAGCUCUGGCCAGGCAGGCGACCGUUGGGAAGGUUGAGCUGGCCGUGCAGACCAUCACUCUCCCUGCCGCUCGCGCGCUCCAACGCCUCUUUCAGCACACUCAGAUAGGGGAGCAUGUGGGGGUGUACCUGUCUAGGGAGGAUAUAAGAGCUGAAGACAGCCUCUGCUCAUCUAUCUUUUUGACAAGAGAAAAGAGCAACUUCAUGCUGGCUGUGAAUCACUGGAGAGAUUUGUCUCCAGAAUCGGAAAACUCUGGACUUCUGCUCCGGGCUGAGCUUGAGACCGCAGACAUCGCCUUGGAUGAAGUGUUCCGAAGGUUCCACCUGUUAAAGGAAAAUACAGGGCAUGAUGAGCAUGUGGCUGGUCUGUUCUCCGUCCUGGCCUCUGUGCCUGGCCUGAAGUUUGUUGAAAUCGUUAUGGACUGCCUGACCAUCGGCUGGGCCAAUAGCAUGCUCUCUUUGUGCAACACCUGCUGCAGUCUGGACGGUGUAUGCAUGAAUCUACCAAAGCCCACUGACAGUGCUGAAAGUCUGUGUUCAGCUUACGGACUCGGAAGAGAUGGGACCCUUUUCAGGUGGAGUGUUGCCCACUAUAGAGAUUCAUCCCCUGGAUCCGAAACCUCUGGACUAGAGAUCAGACUGUUUCUCUCCUCAGAGGUCUCCGACACCAUGCAGAGGGAAAUCCUGCACAUGUUCCAUCCGCUGAGACACUUAGCAGAGAACAGUCCAGAGUACGAUGAGUGUGUGGAUGCUCUAAUGGCGCAUCUGUCCUCUCUGCCUGAUCUGAUGAGGUUGUAUGUUGGGACGAACUUCCUGACUGAGAUCUGGGCCAAGCGGAUCCUCUUCCUCAUCAACACCUGCCCCCGUUUGCAGGCAGUGUGGUUUAGCGCCGUGGUCUGUAAUGAGAGCUGGGAAUCAGAGGACUGCCUGCUGCUGAAGGAGGGAGUCCGCUGCCUGCAGGAGGCAAACAGGCACCCAGGCCGCAUCAUCAGACUUAAAGGGUUGCGCUGCUGUAAAGCCACUGAGCCGUGCACUCAGCUCAAGGACAGGACCCUGAGCUGCAACCAGCUGGUGAGGAUCCGGAUGAAGGGAGAGUCCUACACGGAGAGAAUGACCGAGUGGACGGAAGCAGAGAGAGAGGAGAUAGAGAAAGAGGGGAUGGAGAGAGAGGAGGAGAUGGAGAGAGAGGGGAUAGAGAAAGAGGGGAUGGAGAGAGAGGAGGAGAUAGAGAAAGAAGGGAUGGGGAGAGAUGACAUGUCAUUGGUGUGUUUAGUAGUUAUGAUGGCAUUUGUAGUAAUUACCGUAUCAUUAAUUGUUUCCAGACAUGUUAAGUGACGCACCUGAGCCCAGAGUCAUGAUGUGUUAAUGUAUUUAACCCAUCUGUGCCCAGAGUCAUGAUGUGUUUAUGUUUAUUUUAAAACUUUUUGACUUUUUACUUUUUAAAACACUGACACCUUUUGUCUUUGGGUGCUAGACCACUUACCCAAUUAAAAAGAAACUCACAGACCCACAGACCAUCUCACAGACCACAUAACUCACUAAAGAUUCUUAAAAAAAAUUACAUAAUACUCGCUGAACCAUUUUAAUCAAGUCUUUGUGUCUUGUGUGUUUUAUUUUGUCUUUUUGUUUAUUCUUUAUUUUUAAAUGAUUUUACCUUGUGCGUUU